AUGGCUUUUUUACAUAUACAUUCAUGGGAAUGCGCAAAAUCCGAGUUGGAGCUGUUUUCAUUGCCAACUACACAAUCAGCGAUUGAAGGUUCCCAAUGGGUGUAUUACAAGCCAAUUUCAUCAUUAACGGAUAAUUCACCAAUUGAGUUUGCUGUUCAAGAACAAGGUGAUGAAUACAUCGACCUCGCUCAUACAAUGCUCAGUGUCCGUGUAACUAUAAAACUAAAUUCGCCAACAACAGCAGCAGCAGCAGCAGCAGCAGUAGCAGCAACCACAACACCGCCAAAAGUCGGGUCUGUAAAUAAAUUAUUGCAUUCCAUGUUCAAUCAAGUCGAUGUAUUAUUCAAUCAAAAGCCUGUGUCAAUACCUAACAAUUUAUAUGCAUACAGAGCGCAUAUAGCAACGUUAUUAAACUACGAUUAUGAUGCUAAAGAAUCACACUUAACAACUGUGGGUUGCGCUGAAGAUACACCUGGUAAAUUCGAUGAUGCAGCCGAUGCCAACGAGGGUCUCAAAAAACAUUGA